GGCGAGGGAUGCGGGUUCACUUGCCCUGUGUAGAGGCUUAUCUUGGGCUAAGCUAGGGGACGGACUAAUAGCAAAGCCAGCCUCACUCCAGCCGGUCUGAGGGCACAGGCAGCCAUCUGUCCACUCUCUGUGCAAUAACUGACAACAAAGGGGGCAAACAUUUAACAAGGACUGUAAAAUAGAGGACUAUUCAUUCUUGAGAGACAAGGGGAGAGACGAGGGACCAUUACACUGUAAUAGAAGGUGUGGCAUGGCGGCAGAGAGUUAUCUUCUUCCAUUAGUUGAUAGCGUUUAGUGUGAAGUUUAGCAGUCUCAAGACCUUUGUUUGAAGUGAAGAUGUCUGACAAGGAGGAAGUGUGCUCAGAUGGAGGGUUAAAUGUUACUCUCACAUUACGACUCCUGAUGCACGGCAAGGAAGUGGGAAGCAUAAUUGGAAAGAAAGGGGAAACUGUCAAAAAGAUGAGAGAGGACAGUGGGGCCCGCAUCAACAUCUCAGAGGGUUCCUCUCCAGAGAGAAUAGUCACCAUCACUGGACCAACUGAAGGCAUCUUCAGAGCUUUCUCCAUGAUUGCAGAGAAGUUUGAGGAGGAUAUUACAGCUGCGAUGACAAACAGCACAGUAACGAGUAAGCCGCCAGUGACACUUCGUCUGGUGUUUCCAGGAAGUCAGUGUGGCUCCUUGAUAGGUAAAGGAGGUUCCAAGAUCAAAGAGAUUAGAGAGACAACAGGAGCCCAGGUGCAGGUGGCUGGGGACAUGCUGCCAGACUCCACAGAAAGAGCUGUCACCAUCUCAGGCACUCCUCCGGCUAUUACACAGUGUGUGAGACACAUCUGCUCUGUUAUGCUGGAGUCACCACCCAAGGGAGCAACUAUUCCAUAUCGUCCUAAGCCUCCGCCGGGACAAAACCAUGCAGUAUUAGCACAUCAACACGCCGCACCAGCCUUUGCUUUUCAAGGACAGUAUGCUUUCCCUCAUCAAGAUUUGACCAAGCUUCACCAGUUGGCUAUGCAGCAUAUCCCCCUCCCUUCCCUUGGGCAGAGCAACCCUACCUUCCCUGGAAUGGAUGCCUCUGUCCCCACUAGUUCUCAAGAGCUGGCUAUACCUAAUGAUUUCAUUGGCUGCAUUAUUGGCAGACAGGGCAGUAAGAUCAAUGAGAUUCGCCAAGUAUCAGGAGCUCACAUCAAAAUAGCCAGCACCACUGAUGGAUCUCCCAUGCGCCAAGUCACGAUCACAGGCUCUCCAGCUAGCAUCAGUGUGGCUCAGUACCUCAUUAAUGCCAGCUUAGAGAUGGCUAAAUACACCAUGCAGACUGCUUCCGCUGGCAACCCUGUUGACCUCAACAUGAGCUUCUCUCAAUCUGCUCCUACUGUCUCCACACCUACCUCUAUGGCUGUCCUGGCUGCCACCCAAGCCCCCAACACCAUUAACGUCCACUCUCCCUCCACCCUACCGGCCAUCCCCACCCCACAGCACUAUGCUGUCCCUGUCUCCAGUCUGCUUGGCAUGAAAACCCUCCCUGUGCUGGCAGUCCACCCAGCCUCUGGUCUACCGCAAGGUCUAUCCCCUUACACCACUAAGAUCCAAACUGCUGGGAUGAAAAAAUCUGACCGCCAAAAGUUUGCGCCGUAUUGAUAUACAAGCUUUCUUGGUCUUUGUAUUGGCCAUGUUUCAACUGCAAACACAAACCGAUGUUUAAUUUGUACUGAUCUUACAAUCACUGUCUAGAGAGACAGUCAGAAACAAAUUGCAUACUUACCAGCAUAUUAAGGUCAGUAGGGUAAUGCUUUGUUACCUGCUACAGGUAAAAUCAAUGACCUACAUAAUAAAGGGAAAGGCAGUUAUAUGUCAAGUCAAGCAUUUCUCUUUUAUAGACAUGAACAUGUAUGGCAUGGCAGAGCACAGGGACUAUAGAGGCUCAUCAGCAGCAUAAUAACAAGCACAGCUGAUCUUCUUUAUGUGCUGGAAUUGUGUCCCACUGAAGUUUACAAAAAAUAUUUUUCAUGAAAUUUCGAGCUCAAAAGUUUUCUUAUAUGUGCUGUACUGACAAUUUACUGAAAGUAUUUUUUAUUUUUUAUUGUUAUAAAUAGUUAACCAGUCAUUUAGAUUUUAGAAAAAGCAGACAGUGUCAUAUUAAAUUACACUUCUACCUUUCCAGGAACGUAUUGAUGCAUUUUUCCGUAAUUACUGUGAAGUUUAUUUUAAUGACAGUUGUUCCACUCCUUUGUUCCUCUGUCAUAUUUCCUCCUGUCCUUUCUCAAUAGGCUCUCCUCAGUGGUAGCAGGCUUGGGUGUUCUGUAGUAGCGUUUCACAGUUGCAGUUCUGGCGGGAAUACCCUAAUGCCACAUGGAUUCUUGUGGAUUUGACUCUACACAAUAAUCAUGUAGGGUUGGACUGGCCAAACUCCUAUAGGGAUGUUUUUGCUAGCUGUUAUUCUCUAAAAUCCAUAUGAAUUGAGUUGCUACAAUAUUCAUAUUUUGAUCUGCUUUCAAUUUCUAAGGUUGAUGCAGAACAAAUUCUAACAAAUAUAUGUCUUUGUGUUUGUAGCCAGUGUCUACCCUUGGUUUUGGUAAUGAGCUCUCCAUAUUUGUUACAUUUUGUCAUAUGCAGAAUUACCUUGGAAUAAAUAGAGCUUUUUAUGAUUACAAA